AACUUGUGUUUGUUUUAUGGGAAAAUCAGUUGUUUGCACGACGAAAGGCCAAGACUUUGCGAGAGCAAUCCCAUCAGACAAACUCCACAGACCAAAGCACGUAAAACCCAUAUCCAGAAACAGAGUUUCUUGCCGCGAAAAGGCGAGGCCGAGUGGGGUACGCGUCAACUCAGAGCGAGUCAAGCAGAAGACAAUGGAUGACCAGGACCGGGUGCCGCUGGCUCAGGUGGUUUCCGAGUUGGUAAAAGGAUGGUUCCAAGACGCACUCAACGAGGCCAAGGCCGGUGAUACCAACAUGCAAAUCCUUGUCGGACAGAUGUACUGCAAUGGCUAUGGCGUCGCUAAAGAUGUUCAAAAGGGGCGUGCUUGGAUCGAUAAAGCUUCGAGGAACAGGUCUUCCGUGUGGAAAGUCAGCGAUAAGCGCCCAGGUUACAAUGCUAGUGACUCCGACUCUGAUGCAGAAUAA